UACAGUAAAUGUCGUCACUAACAGCACCCGGAAGUUUACAGUGUUGUUGCCACUGUGUGCAGGAUGGAGAGCUUAGCUGCUGUUCUUUAAAAGAGCACCAUGGGUAACACAGAGAGUGUGGUGGUGCAGAAGCGGCUGGCCCGCUUCCGCCCCGAGGAGCGGCCUGUGGUUGAGGGGGUCUUUGACAGGCUCCAGGGAGGUACUGGGGACCCUUCAGGACCCCCGGGGAAAACACCAGUAGGGAAGACUCUAACGCUUGAGAUGCUGCAGUCCUCAAUGGGCAGCCUGGCACCAGACUCCAUGGUGAGGAGGGUCUACCAGUGCAUGUGUAGUAUCGACCCUGGACUGGCAGCACCCACAGCUUCUGGGAAGACCAGCUCCUCUGCUGCCUCUGGAGUGAGUCGAGAGCAAUUGGUCAUCUUCCUAGCAGACACCCUGCGAGGCACUGCAGAAGAGCGGGCUCCUCUCGUCAUGGCAAUGUCCCAGCGUGGCUCAGAGGCAGCAACGGUUGUCACAUGUGAGCAGGUAGUAGAGUUCCUCCAGGACCUGAUUUCUGCUGUAGUUCAGAUUGUGGUCCACAGAGGGCGCCUGCAGGCCUGGAAGCCAGAGAAAAUGGGUGAUGGCUCCCUGGGUGUCAAACUCCUGGCAGAGCAGAUAUGUUCUGAACUCAAACCCUCAGAUCAGGGAGGUUAUGAUGUCUCCUCUCUGGAGGACUGGAUCUUCAGGACUUCCCAGGUGUCGUUGUACCUGGAGAUGCUGGUAGCUGAGGGCCUAAAUGUGUCCCUGAGUGGCCGGCCUGCCCCCACCCUGCUGCCCCCCUGCAGGGAGACGCCCUGGAAAGAGCUGAGGUGUCUGCUGCUGGACCUUCCCACCCUCAUGUUUCUGGCACCACAGUUGCCAGACAGCUACAACGCCCCCUGGAGACUUGUGUUUUCCACACGGCUGCAUGGGGAGAGCUUCACCAGGAUGGUGACCGGCCUGACGAAGUGUGGGCCCACCCUGCUGCUCGUCAAAGACACAAAGGGGCACGUUUUUGGGGGCUUCGCCUCCCACGCCUGGGAGGUCAAACCUCAGUUCCAGGGUGACUCCAGAUGCAUCCUGUUCACUGUGUUCCCCAGACUGAGGGUUUAUACAGCAACAGGAUACAACCAGCACUUCAUGUACCUCAACCAGAAUCAGCAGACCAUGCCCAACGGACUGGGUAUGGGUGGUCAACACGGCUACUUUGGCCUGUGGCUGGACAGCGAUUUUGGCCGUGGUCAUAGCCGUGCACGGCCCAAGUGCACCACCUACGGCAGCCCUCAGCUCUCUGGAGAGGAGGACUUCACCCUGGACUCAAUGGAAGUGUGGGCGGUCGGAAAACCCCCAGAACCAGAGGAGGGCGAGGAGGGGAAGAGCAAGAAAAGUAUCCUGGAUGUGAAUCCAGAGGUCCAGGCCAUGUUGGAGAUGGCAGGGAAGACUCUACACAGUCAGGGCCUCAGGGAGCCAGAGGAAGACCAGGAGUAGUGAGGGGCAACAGGGAGACAAAAACAAUUUUAACUUAUUGAGGCUCCCAGUCCACCUGGUACUGACUGACCUGGUAUCAUCUGAUAUACUUUACCUUUCAUUCUGCUUGGACACUUUCACACACAAAAUUGCAGCUUCUUUUAAUUACGGAAGCCUUGAGAGGCAACUGAGAAAAAAAAAACAUUCUGGACAAGUCUGAUCUAAAUAGUUUUCUGUCCUAUGUCUAUGACUUAAGAACAGGUGAAAAAAAAAUUUUUGUAAGUUUUGUAAUACUCAUUUCGGCAACAAGAGGUUGAAGUACAGUGUAGACCGCUACCCCAUGUCUAAAUAGGACUAAAAGCAUUCAUGUGUUCAGCCAGAACUAUUUACAUAACUUGCUAACACACAAUAUAUGUACCUUGUGUUUAGAGUGCGUGGAGAAAGAAAAUGGAUCACCAGAAUGUUUUUUUUUCUCACUUGCCUCUCAGGGCUUCCGUAUUUAAAGACACCACAGUAAAGUCAUUCUCAUGUUUACACCGAUCACCAGUUAGAGUUGGUUUUGUCUGUGAGAAGAUGUCAUCACAACAUAAACCAGGCUAACAAGGUCUAACUAGGUCUGAGGCAGCUAAUAAGUGGUUCAUAAAGUCUAAUCUAUCCCUUUCACACACUGCUGAAAGCUGAAAGCUACUAAUGUGGCUUCAAGUCAGCUUUCGUAAUCAGUGUGACAGGGACCAAUGUGUCAUGGGUGUGUUCACUCUUACUUCCACCAAGCUUCACUGGUGUUUGAUAGAGACAAGCUUUUUUGAAUUAAUAGAUACCACAGGAAAUUCUAUCAAAGAGGCAGUGGAAGCAGUUUCUUCUUCAGCAGCAGCCUCAGUCAACCAGAAUGCAAUGCAUCCACAUUAUCUCUAUUGAAACCACUAACUGAAGUAUUAGGUUGAAGACAGUAAGUCACACCAUUAAUAAUUAUGUAAAACAGUAAAAUAAUACAUGGAAUUAUCCUGAAGGUGUGGGUUCAAAGGAGGUAAGGAUCAUCUUAAACCCAUUUUAAGAAAAGUCUAAUAGUGAAUUGCUGUGUAACAGAUUAUUUUAUUGCUACAGUAUUAAAAAACCUAUUGGUUUAGGAGACAAAAUCUGAAACGGGGCUGUUAGUCAGUCUCUAUCUAGCUGCUUCACCGUCUGAGCAGUUAGACUCGACUGCAAGAGGAGAGAUUGACUAUUUAUUCAAAUACUGGGGAUUCUAAAUAAUUUGUCCCUCAAAUUACAUAUAUUAAUGUAACACUACGCAGUUAGUUAGCUAUAGUUUACCCCACUUGUUUUAUCAAAGUCAUAUAAUGAUAAAAUGAUUUAAGAAUUUGACAAAAUGUGAGUUAAAUUGUACUCAGAACGAAUGAAUAGCCACUGAUUUGACUGACACGAACAGGACAAUAAAGUUACUGGGAAAAAAAAGGUCAAUAUGACCUUGAGCCCACCAAUGA